CGGGUACGGGCGACGCAUUGCGGACUGGGCCAAGUCUUUGACUCUAGACCAGUUCAUGGAGAUGGUAGAAGCUCAAUGGCAUAACCCACAGGAGGCGCAAAGGGCCACUGAUGCCAUAAAUAAACUAGACCAGCGCAAGUUCCGGUCAGUUAGAGAGCUUACGACUACCGUUGAGAGCCUGAUCCUUGUCCUGGGCAUCAACUACAGUGACCAUUUCCUGUUAACGACUUUCAUUAGAUGUCUUCCAGAGAACAUCAGAAACUUACUAGCCAGUGAGGCACGCACCGAGUACCACUCAUUUGAGACAUUGUCUAGGAAGGCUUUAGAUUUGGAGGCCACGCUAGGCAAUGCUCAACCCACCUCAGGAAAUGACUCAAAGAAGAAGAAGAGUCCUCAGGAGUGGAAGAAGAAGGGGGCGAAGUUGAUGAUGGUGGAGUCUGAUGGGACUCAAACAGAGAUCGACGAGCUCUCUGACCUGGUGGACUACACAGAGUUUGACGGCGAGGAGAUAGCUGAGGGAUUGAGUGUUUCCAUGGAUUUCAUGGACACUCUUGUGACCAGCAAGAGUGGUAAGAGGCACAUUUUCCUCAUCAUUGACCGAUUCGCCAAGUACGCUAGACUAAUACCAAUGCCAGAGACAGCCAGGACAGAAUACGUCAUCAAGUUGUUCAAGGACAACUGGGUAAGGGACUUUGGUUUACCAAAGACCAUCAUUAGUGACCGAGACGUCCGAUUCACAAGUGAGUUGUGGAAGAAGACUGCGGAACAUAUGGGCAGUCAACUUCAAAUGACUUCAGGGAAUCAUCCCGAAGCCAACGGACAGGCCGAACAAAUGAAUAGAGUUGUACAGCACUUGCUGAGGCAUUACAUCAAGCCCAGCCAGGAUGACUGGGAUGAGCAGUUACCUCUCAUCACCAGCCUGUACAACAAUGCUAUACAUAGUAGUAUCGGCGUUAGUCCUAACCAGCUGCACUUAAGAUGGAAGCCUAGAUCAACACUAGACUUCCUCCUACCUGAAAACCGACCUGUUGCAACUCCAGGCACACUUGAAUACGGUGUGCAAUAUGAGAAGUUGCUGCAAGAGGUUGUUGAACAUAUGAAGAAGGCUCAGCAAGCCAUGAUUGCUUAUGAUAAUCAACAUCGCAGACAGUCCACAUUUCAGGUAGGGGAACGUGUCUGGGUCAAGGCUAGUGAGCUAGGACAGGAGUUCGGAAUAUCUCGCAAACUAAUGUCGCAGUACUUUGGUCCCUGGGAAGUCUUGGAUGUAGUGGGAGAUGAGUUGGAUGGUCCCAGAUAUGUCAUUCGUGUCCCUGGACACUUACGCACUCACCCAGUCUUUCAUGCCUCAAAGCUUGCACCUUUCGCUGAGACUGAUCAAUUCCCUUCCAGGAGAUCGAUGCUGCCCCGAACCAUGGAUGGACAAGUCGACAUCGACGAUAUUGUGGAUCACAGGGAUAUGCCUGUUCCGAAGCCGCUGGGUCAAGGAAGACCUCCUAAGCCCAAGAGGGAGUACCGGAUCAGAUUCAGGCAUCAUAUGGAUCCGAAAGAAGAUCGGUGGUUUACCCGGGAGGAACUGAUGGAAACAACUCCUCAGGUGGUGGCAGAUUAUGAACGGAAGCUAAAAGGGAAGGCACCUGCAAAGUAAGCAUCUCAGCGGACUUUCGAAGCUUAGGGGGAUGGAAUGUGAGGAUUGAGCCCUCAAGUAGGGGCCUUGCCAUGAUGUACAUGUUCUGGGCUAAGGCCCCAGCAAGCCUCGUGCCCGCCCUAAGUGAAGGCGGGCCAACAAAUCAACAAGAGCCCU